AUGGCGUCUGCAACAGGCAUCCCAGAGAAUGUUCAUGCAGCCUCAGAAGAAGAACCUCUUUUGGGCUCUGCUGGAGGCGUCCAGCAGAGGCAAACUGAGCCCAUUUACCAUAAUUUCAUCACUGGAAGCGCUAUUGUCGCCCAGGCUGGCGUGUGGGUGCUCACUGCCGUUGUCUGGUCAGCGAUCUUUUCCCAUGAUUUAAUCUUCUUCUCGGCGCAUCCGCUUCUCAAUUCUGCGGCCAUUUUACUGCAAGUCCAAGCCAUCCUUGUGCUUCAGCCAGCUUCAACCGCCCGCCAAAAGACCAUAGGAACAUAUAUACAUGCGGCUCUCUUGACUCUCAGCCUCGGCGCCUUCAUCUCUGCUUUCAUCAUCAUCGAGAUCAACAAGGGAGACCACCAGCGACUAACAUCUCCCCACGGAAUUCUCGGCCUCAUUACAUACAUACUUAUUAUCCUGCAAGCAUUUGUCGGCGUGGCUCAGUUUUGGCUUCCGGUAUGGGUUUUUGGCAGUGUUGAAAACGGCAAGAAGAUUUACAAGUACCACCGUGGCUCCGGGUAUAUUCUGCUUGUGCUUGAGCUUGCCACUGUCUCGGCUGCUACUCAAACUACUUUUAACCAGGAAGUGCUACAUAUCCGGCUGUGGGUGGCUCUCGUUACGGCUAUCAUCAUUAUUCUUAGCGUGGGAGCUCGCCUCAAAAAGCACAAGCUAGGCUUGUGA